AUGAGUUUUGCCAAACGUCGACAAGACCACAAGAAUUCCUUUAAUAAGAGGCAAAAGAGGCGUUCAUCAUCCAAUAUGGUAGAUUUGCCUGAAGAUGUAGUGAUACUGAAACCAAAGCAUUUCCCAUGGUUACAAAAAUGUGCACAGGUCACCAGUCGAAGUACCGAAAUGGGGACACCGGUUACAGCUUUACGUGAAAUUGCUUCAUUGCAAGAAUUACGACACCCCAAUAUUGUUCGGCUUUUGGAAGUAGUUAUCGGGUCAAAAGUUGAAGAUAUUUCGUUAGUCCUGGAAUUUGUCGAACAUGACUUAAAUCGGUUACUUAAAAAAAGAAAAGCAGCAAAUAGUACUUUUUUGCCAUCGGAGGUCAAAAUGCUUAUGAAACAUAUUUUGGGAGCUUUGGAUGCUAUACAUAGUCACUGGAUUAUGCACAGAGACCUAAAACCAGCGAAUCUAUUAUUUUCAAAUCGCGGGGUCCUCAAGGUUGCUGACUUUGGAUUAGCAAAGAAAUUUGUACCAGUGACCCAGUAUUUUCAAAAAGCACCAGUACGUAGUAGCAGUAGUAGUAGUAGAAUCAGCAACACUCUGCCUUCUAAUGACUUUGGCGAUACGGACAGUAUCUUGGAAUCAAAAAACUUUCAACUGACGCCCACUGUAGUCACAUUAUGGUAUCGAGCCUCAGAGAUUCUUGCAGGAUCUUCAGUUUAUGACUGUGCCAUAGACAUGUGGGCUGCGGGUUGUAUUUUUGCAGAAAUCACAGCUCGUGGUAAUGUGUUGUUUGCAGGGACUAAUGAAUUAAAUCAACUUCAAUUGAUUUUUGAUCGUCUGGGUUCCCCAAAUAACAAAUCAUGGCCAUGGUUUUUUGAACUCCCCGGGGCACAUAAGCUUUACGAUCGAACCGUAGAUCGGAAUAGCGGAAGCUUGAGUGCAUCUCUCAAAGAAAAUGGUAUUAUUUCAUUCAUGUCUGAAGGGCAUCGAGGCUGUACCAAUAUAAGCAAAGCCGGAUUGGAUCUAAUGUCCCAAAUGCUAGCUAUGGACCCUACUCAGCGCAUUUCAGCAAGCGAGGCACUGCGCCACCAGUACUUUGAGGAAGACCCUCCACCAAAAGACCCAGCCCACUUUCCUACAUUUCCAUCUUAA